AUGAGUGCUUCAGGGGUUGAUAUCGGCGACACCGACGCGAUUCGACACCGGGGCCACCCGGAAACCGUCCCGGCGCACCUGGAGGUCGUCAGCGACGCCAAGUACGACGCCGACCUCGGCAAGAAGGCCGCGUUCGACCAGCGCCAACAGUUCGGCGAGGGUAUGGCCCAGCUCGAGCGCUGGUUGGCGCCAUUGGCGCUCACGGCGCUUGCCCUCGGGGUGCGGUUGUACCGCAUCUCCGCCAACGACGGUGUCGUCUGGGACGAAGCCCAUUUCGGCAAGUUUGGCUCCUACUACUUGCGCCACGAGUUCUACCACGACGUCCACCCGCCGUUGGGGAAGAUGUUGAUUGGGUUGUCGGGGUACCUUGCCGGCUACAACGGGUCGUGGGACUUCCCUUCGGGCACCAAAUACCCCGAAUACAUUGACUACACCAAGAUGAGAGUGUUCCAGGCGGUGUUCUCGACCCUCAUGACCCCGUUCGCUUACUACACUUGUAAGGAAAUCGGGUUCUCGGUGUGGGCGACAUGGUUGUUCUCGCUCAUGGUGGCGUUGGAACAGGUCUACGUCACCCUCGGUAAGUUUAUUCUUUUGGACUCGAUGCUUUUGUUUUUCACCGUCACCACGGUGUUCUGUUUCACCCGCUUCAACAACUUCAACAACGCCAAAGAAGAAUUCGGCCGCAAGUGGUGGAAGUGGUUGCUUUUGACCGGGGUCUCCAUCGGUUGCGUCACCUCGGUGAAGAUGGUGGGUCUCUUCGUCACGUCGUUGGUCGGUAUUUACACCAUGGUCGACUUGUGGACAAAGUUGUUCGACAGAAAAGUGUCGUGGUCGAAAUACACUGGCCACUGGAUCGCCCGUGUCAUUGGGCUUAUCGUCGUCCCCAUUCUGAUCUUUGUGCUCUCGUUCAAGGUGCACUUUGACUUGUUGUACAAGCUGGGUACCGGUGACGCCAACAUGUCGUCGCUUUUCCAAGCCAACCUCGUGGGUCUGGACAUUUCCGGCGGUGCUCGUGACGUCACCAUGGGCCACUCGGUGGUCACGUUGAAGAACAUGGGCUUGGGCGGUGGCUUGUUGCACUCGCACGUGCAAACCUACCCUGAAGGUUCCAACCAACAACAAGUGACCACUUACUCUCACAAGGACGCUAACAACCACUGGGUCUUCCAAAGAGUCCGUGGCCAAGAAGCCUACGACGUCGCCAAGACCAACGAAACCGAAUACAUCACCGAUGGGAUGAUGGUGCGGAUCAUGCACCCCAACACCGGCAGAAACUUGCACACUCACCACGUCAACGCUCCCGUCACCAAGAACCACUGGGAAGUCGCCUGUUACGGUAACUUGACCAUUGGUGACGAAAAGGACCACUGGGUCAUCGAAGUUAUGGAACAAUUGUCGGACGAGGACAAGGAAGUGAUCCACCCCUUGACCACCACCUUCCGCAUCAAGUCGCCUGUGCUUGGGUGCUACUUGGGUGUCACCGGUAAGUCGUUGCCCGCGUGGGGUUUCCGUCAAGGUGAAGUUGUUUGCUACAAGAACUCGUUCAAGAAGGACAAGCGUACCUGGUGGAACGUCGAAAACAACAAGAACGACAUUUUGCCUCCUCCCCCCGACAACUUCACUUGGCCCAAGACCAAGUUCUACAAGGAUUUCGUCCAACUUAACUUGGCGAUGAUGGCCACUAACAACGCGUUAGUACCCGACUCCGACAAGCAGGACGAUUUGGCCUCGAAGUGGUGGGAAUGGCCCACUUUGCACGCGGGUAUCCGUAUGUGCUCUUGGGCCGACUCCUCCGUCAAGUACUACAUGAUGUCGUCGCCUGCCACCACCUGGACCUCGACGGUCGGGGUGUUGGUGUUUGCCGGUAUGACCCUUUACUACUUGCUCAGAUGGCAACGUCAAAUCGAUGACUUCCCUGCUUCCAACCCCAGCAAGCUCAAGAAGUUCGUUAUGGGGGGGAUCUACCCGAUGUUCGGGUGGGGGUUGCACUUCACUCCCUUCGUCAUCAUGGGCAGAGUCACUUACUUCCAUCACUAUGCGCCUGCGCUUUACUUUGCCAUGUUGGUGUUGACCUACGAAAUUGAAGUCGUCGCCGACAACAUCAGAAACAAGGCCGUGUACAAGGCGUGGUUCGUCAUCUGGUACGCGUUGGUCAUCGGGUUCUUCAUCUACUUGUCGCCGAUCUCCUUCGGGAUGGAAGGCUCCAAGGAGAACUACAAGUACCUUGAUGUGUUGCCCUCCUGGAAGGUCGGUAACGACAACUACCGCUAA